AUGUUGUACUUGACUACGCUAAUCAGCAACGCCUGUCUGGCGAUCCUGAACUGUGGGCUGUGCCUGUCUGCGACGAACCUAGCGAGAAUGAUGCUCUUGAGGGAUUUCAAGAUAUGCCCAGAAGGAAGCAUCAAGUGCGACAAAGAGAGAUGGUACUUUGCAACCUUCUACUUCACGCUGUACAUGAGCGCCUUUUUCGGGUGUCUCUUUUCUCUCUACUUUAGAAGUUCCAACAGAAGAAAGGGUCUCAUGGGUGUACACUACCUCUACAUUAUUGGAAGCUUAUUAACCAUAUAUAGUUCUCCUCAUAUAAUAAUAUUUUUAUUUUCUCAAGCGUUUUUUGGACUAGCCAUUGGAGGAUCUGUGGUGACUGCAUCUUGUUAUAUUUUAGAGUACACACCAAAGGAUCAUCAGAAAUUCUAUGGGUUCUACAUUCAGGUAUUUUUCGCACUGGGAUUAUUGAUUAGUUAUAUUUUUGGAGCUAUGUAUGCGAAUAUGCGUUUUUCAAACCCGAAGACGACAUACUGGGUGUUGACUGUGUUAUACAAGCUGCACUUAGCACUGCCCUUAAUCAUCAGUGUGGUAUCCUUGCUUUUGUUCUCGUUCACCUUCACAAUGGACACACCUCUACAUUUGUACGAAUCGAAGAAAUUUAAAAAGUUCGAUAAAUUGAAAACCAGAAUGAAUAUAAAAGAAUUUGACGAAAAGGAAGAAUAUCACAAGAAUGAAAAAACGAAGGAAGUGAGUCUACUAGGAAAGGAUUUAACAAUGGUGAAUUUUUUUCAAAACGAAUUAUUACGCAAGACUUCCUUUGUAGGCAUGAUGCUCUGUUUUCUCUACUCUCUUAAUGGAUCCUUUUUAUUUUUCAAUGCUGUAUUCUUAUUUUUCAAGGCUUUUUCAAGUACUAUGGCUAACACCUUUGUAUCAGUUGCCUUCGUCUUCCUUUACUUUAUUAGCUCCAUCGUCUCUACAAGAUUAAUUCAGACAUAUGGCAAGAAGGAUUUGUUAAUUACUGGGUUGGUCAUACAAGCAAUUUCAGCAGCAUGUUUAGUUGGAUCCUAUUUCCUUGACUUUACAAACCUUAUUCACAAAAUUCUUUUAAUUAUUUCUAUAUCUUCGUAUUUUGUUGGAUUAUCCUUAGGGUUUGGACAUAUGAUUUGGACCCAUGUAUUUGAUUUAUUUCCCAAGGAGUGUAAAGUUGUGGGUGCUUUUUUUUCCUACUACUCUCUUUUCCUUGGUGCCUUUCUCAUUUCUGUGUUACUUGAGUUUAUAAGUACUAGGUACUACUCCUACCUUUUCAUCCUCUGCCUGAUUUCCCUGUUCGUGUCCAUCGUCUCCUUCAGCAGGUGCUACAAGGAUGAGAGGGUCACCAUCGCCAGGCACCCCUCCAUGGAGGACUAG